AUGGACCCACGCACAAAUAACGGUAUUGGCUCCUGGUUUAGGGCAGAUAACUCUCAAGACUCUACUAAUGGUAACUCUUGGUGUUCGUUUCCAUACAAGGACUAUUCAAUGGGAUUCGCUCCUGAUUUACAGGCAAUGACUGCCGGCAGUAAUGCUGUUUAUCCAAAUCCUCUGUGGAAUAAAUACGGUGGCCAAUAUUGUGGACUAGAGGCCUGGGUCUAUAACCCAGCCAAUGGACGCAAUAUCACAAUGUUUAUCAUUGACGGUUUUGCUCACGAAUGGGUUAAGACUCCGGGGUCAAUUGAUCUCAUGCUUGGAGCAUACACAUCCCUUGCUGGAAAUUAUCCAAGCAGUAAGAACAAUGUCUUAAGUGGUGUCCAAUGGGGAUUCACUGGUAGAAGAUCGCAGAAGUACUCGUUCGGGGGAGCCGGUGAUGCAACAGACAGUCGGGCUGCUACUGGCGGAUCUUGCAGCGCAAGUACAGAUUGCCAGUCCCUGUGCUGCACAUCUGCAGGCAAAUGCACGUCUGCUGGAUCCGGCUGUAUUGCGUCCAUAUCCUCUAACAAGUUGGUCGCUGAAUCAUCAUCCGUUGUAUCUUCGACGUCACCAUCAGGCGUUUCUGCCGCACAAAACGGAAGUCCAUCAUCCGUGCCAUUGGCUGAAUCCUCGACAUCCCCGUCAAGCACUCCCGCCACCCAAACCGGUGGUCCAUCAGCCUCUCCAUCCGCGAAAUCUUCAACGUCACAAUCAAACACUCCUUCCAUCCAAAAUGGAGAUACCUUAUCACAAGUGACUACCAAUGCCCCAACAGCCUUUCUGGGCACAAAUAACGGUAUGGGUUCAUGGUUUAGAGCAGAUAACUCUCAAGACUCUACCAAUGGUCACUCCUGGUGUUCGUUUCCAUACGAGGACUAUUCAAUGGGGUUUGCUCCUGCUUUACAAACAAUGACUGCGGGUACCAAUGCUGUCUAUCCAAAUCCUCUGUGGUCUGAAUACGGCAGUCAAUAUUGUGGACUAGAGGCUUGGGUCUAUAACCCAGCGAAUGGACGUAAUAUCUCGAUGUAUAUCAUCGACGCCUUUGGUAAUGAAUGGGUAAAGACUCCGGGAUCAAUUGAUUUCAUGCUGGGAGCAUUCAUUACGCUUGCAGGAACCGUUCCUGCGAAUAAAAGCGUGGUUUUGGAUGGUGUGCAAUGGGGAUUUACUGGUAGAAGAUCGCAAAAGUACUCGUUCGGCGGAGUUGGAGAUACCGGUCUAGCUGCUAACCCGUGGGAUAGCAGUGCGAGUACGUCUUGA